AUGGUCAGUGCACACUAUUGUCAUUGGAUCGGGUCCCGAGCGCGCGCCACCACCUAGCUCGGUUGCGUUCCGGCUAGCGGCGCACGUUCGUUGAGCUCCGGACCAAUUGCCUUGAUAGCAGCCCACUUAUCCUGCGUCUUUUUGGGUUUGUUCCAAUUUUGGGCUCACUUCACCCAGGCUUACCAGAUGCAACAACAAUCGACGUCGCGGCUGUUGCCAGCUUUCGAUCCGGUCCCGACCACCACUGGGCUGGACCCCUCGUCAAGCUUGCCAGGGGGACCGGCCUCACCGGCUUUGAGCUACGCCUCUCGUUCGACGCUUUCGACUUCGUCGUCAAGCUCGAAUUCGACUCCGACCUCGUUGCAAUCCACCACCUUGGGUCCUCAGGCUCGCUCAUCGUCUCUCUCCGCGGGUGUGACUCACCCCGUCUCGUCGGCAAGGACCGUGGCGGAUCCUUCCCCUGGGGCCGAGCACACGAACUUGGGGCAGGACACGCCGAGACGGUCGGUCGAUGAGCUUGGCCCUACGAACUCGACGAUUGAGGACUGGCUCUACCCACCAAUCCAGUCCGUGUGCGUCCCGUACCACUCGAAGCAGGACCGACAUUGCUAUUAUGCGUGCCGCGUGGUACCCGUACCCGACCCCUCAGCCAACAACGCUUGCUCGCCCGUCUCCUGCAAUGCAUCCUUCUCGCCUGCUUCAUUUUUCUCGUCCAAUGGUCGCCCACCUUCGGUGACUACGGGCAAGAUGGCGAUGGCGAAUGCCAGGGAGCCCCAUACUGUGUUUCGACGCUGGAGCGAAUUCGUAGAUUUUCGUGCAAGGUACGCACUGUUCUUUCUUUUUCCACGGGAUUGAUCACCCGAGCCGUUGCGCUUGAGCCUUCCCCAUUUCAUUAACUGACGACCCACUUUGGGCAAUUCACCCAGGCUGGCGUCUGCCUUCCCAAUCGCCAACCAGCCCUUCCCGAGAUCGGCUGGCUUUCCGUCCGAGCAGGGCAGUGCCGUCGCGAUCCCACGCCUCUCGUCGAAAAAAUCUGUGUUCUUCGGUCGCCAAACAAUCCUCGACGAGCGACUCAGCGAACUCGACCUGUUCACGCGAUCCCUGUUCGACUUGCCCCAUCACGUCAAGAACAGCGUGUUGGUCCGCGACUUUUUCCGCCUGCGCGAGAGCGACGUCCACAGCGGAAGUUCGAGCCCCUCGCCGUCGAGCAUCUCGACGCCGCCGGCGAGAUCUGACUCGCCGUGGGGUGACACCCCCAACGAUGGCGGCGAUUCAUUCGCGCAGUUCCUCGCCGCCGCGGCCGCCAAGGACGAAGAGAACAUUUCACCCAACGCGACGAUCCGCGCCUUCCCGCCGGGUAGAGCCCAGAAGGCUCGACCUCGGCUGCCUCUGCAUGCUUCGUCGACGAACCUCCGCGUCGCCGCUUCGUCAAAUGACUUGCGCAGCCAAUUCGGUCAUCUUCGACCCGCGCAGAUGGAUCGAUCUGCUUCGUUCGACCCUGCGUCAGUCGCUUCGCGAUCGAGUGGGUACGCCGAGUCAACGACCUCGACCAUUACGCCCGUCUCGAUCUCCAAGGCCCAGGCGUUGCAGCGCGUCGCGUCGCCUCUGACGACGACGGCGACGGCCAGCUCGAGCUCGAAGGUCUUGACCCAGUCCAAGGACGACAAGAAGCGACCCGGACUUUUGCGCACGUUCCGAUCGCUCGGUGAUUUGCGAUCGUCGGCCAACAGCCAGAUUGCCCCUGCCCUUCCAUCCGAGCCCGUACCGCAGCUCUCGGCGUCGAGAAUGCUCCGUGCGGUUACGCAGCCGAUGCCGAGCCUCGUCUCCCUGGUGGCACCAGGUCCCGCUGGUCUUGCCUCGAGCGCACCACUCCAGUCGUCGAGCCCGGCCCCAAACACGUCGCCUUUCGCCUUCCCGCCUUCUAGCAACGGCUCCAGCUCCAGCUCUAGCCUGAUGCCUCAGCCCUUGUAUGCGCCAGCAAUGACGCGCCAUCGAUCGGCCAACUCGAAGUCUUCGUCGACGUCUUCGUUCGAGGACGUGUGGGGCAGUUCGCAGCCCCACCACGCGCAGCCAAUGGCGGAUCCCUCGGCGGCGUUCCGACGUCACCCCUCUUCGGGUCGCGUCGAUCGCAUCCCCUCGACGGAUUUGCGACCUCGACGGCCUUCGAUGCCGACGCGCGGUUCGGGCAGCAAUGGUUCGCUCAAGCCGAUCCCGGGCCAUACUCCGCAGUCGGCUUCGCUCUCGAGUCUUGAAUCGAAGCGCAGUUCGCGUUCGUCCGUCAUGAGUCGAUCGCUAAGCGAACAAAGUGCCGACGGCCGAUGGACGCGCCGCGACUCGACCGACUACUCGUUCUCGGAUCUGAGCACACCCUCGACCCCGCAGAGCGAGCUCGGCUCAUCGAAGCACCAGCAGCAGCAAAAGGACCUUGAGCUGGCGUUGUCGAACAAGGUACCCUUGCCCAUGUUCUUCCCCGUUCCCCCCAAGGCAUCGACCUUGCCGGCUUCGACUCGCAUGGAGGCGUUCUACUCGCAAGACAUGACACCCCACACCCCCUCUGGCCGACGCCCCUCCCACGAAUUCCGACCUCGAGCGACCUCGUCGUCUUCUUCUUCGUCGCUGUCGUCAUCGCGGCGCUUGCCGCUCGACACCAUUCUCGCUUCUCCGAGGGCCGAGACGGGGAUCGCUUCGCCGGCAUCCGCGACCUCGACGGGGUCCGCCGCAUCCCUCUGGUCGCCCUCGUCGGCGGGUGUCAACGGCUCGCUGCCACCGCACGAGCGACCUCACGUCACGUUUAAGCUUCUGCACCCCAAGUCGAACCUCGUCGUACGCGUCAACCGCUCGAGCUUGACCCGCACGGCUCUUCUUGAACAGGCACACGCCAAGUUCGCAACCGUGGGCGUGCACCUCGAAGGUGAUUGGGGUCUGUUGUACCACGUUCGCUCGAGCUCGACGGCAUCGUCCUCUCAAGCGCCCGUGCUCAUCGUCACAGAUGAGGAUCUCACUUGGGUCCUCGCGCGCAGUGCGAUGGUCGAAAAAAUCAGUCUCCACGUCAUGACUUGA